UUUUUGGCCCACUACGCAAGCAUCACGGUGACGUCAUGUGACGUAGAACCUAAACAGGAAAUGGACGCUACAGCGUGACUACACGAAAUGAUACACAUGUCGCGGGUGAGCAGAUACAUCAGCCUGGCAACGAAAACACAUAAAGCACAGUUUCAGCAUCAUGGCGCCUACAGAUUUCAAAAAUUUGGUCAGAAGAUUUUAUGUUCUUCAAGCUGAGCGUGUGGAGGCGUACAAACUAUUUGAGGAGGGUCAUGAGGCAUACUUAAGGACGGGGCCCCACUAUGACUUCGAGCACUACAAACAGCUGGUACAUGAGAUAACGAAAGCAUUCUGUGGCAUUUCCAAAGAAGUUCUGAAGAUUAAAGAGCAACUGCACCAAGACUUCAACCGGCCCGACCUUUCAGAGCACAUUGACAAACUGCAGAUUAAAGAGAAAGAAAAGCUAGAGCUGACAGCUAAGUUACAGUUGGCCAAGCAGAAUGCCCAGGAUCACCCAGAAGAUGAGGAUUUCCAGGAGAAAGUCCGUGAGAUCAAACAGGAUAUAAUAAAGAAUACGGCCGCUUUAAGUGAGAUUCUGCAAGACUUCAAGUAUGACUCGGAGGAGCCGGAGUGAGAUGUAGUCAGUCUCAGGAGACAGAGAUGGAUUCAGAUCCUUCUAUGAACUUUCCCUUCUAACAAAGAGACAUCUGAGGUAUCGAUCGCUGUCUCAGGCGCAUUAGAGAUACACUGCAUUGCUGCUGCUGCUGUUGCAGGCUUUGCGAAUCAUAUUUUUAUUAAAUAGAGUUUGGCAUCUUUUAUUUUAUUAUUUUGUUUACGUUCAAAAUAGCUUGACAUUUUGUUUGUUAAACGAACACAAUGUUCAUUCAGAGCAUAAAACUGUUAAUUCUGAAUUUAAAUAUUGUUCAUGAUCAUACGCAUAAAAUAUUUUGUUACAAAAUAUAUGAACAUUCCUUAAAUAUUUUUGACAUUUAUACAGAUAAAACUAUUUAUACACAAUGAUACAGUAUUUACAUUAAGUUUUUGAACAGAGAGGACAAACAAGUUGCAAACUGCAUUUCAAAUUCCACUUAAAUGAUCUAAACUUGUAGUGUGUUUACCAAUUAAAGGGACAGUACACUGAAAUAAAAUGAAAAGUCUGUCAUUA